GUGAGAGAGUGUGUGUGUGAGAGAGUGUGUGUGUGUGAGUGUGUGUGUGAGAUCUAGAGAACACAGUCAUGGGUGACCGUUUUAUCCAGAAAGGAAUGGCAGUGAUUGUUGUAAGUAGCGCAGAUACUGGGUACCAAAAAAUGAGCUGCUGCCUGUCGGAGUCAUCAACUGUGUUACAUCCCAGCAGAGAAAUCUCAGAGGAAGAAGUCCAGACGUCCUUCUGCAGAACAACUGCGCACUUUAAAAAGAUGGAGCUGCAGGUUUUAGUGGGUAACACCGAAAAUGGUUCUUCCGUUAUGAUGUCAACCUUGUCAACCCUUUCGUUUUGGUCCUAUGUAGAAACAUCUGCAGCACUUUCUCCAUCAAGCUGAAGAACUGCUUCACGAUGCAAAAGGUUCUCGGAGUCUUCAGGGUUCUAUAUAGAAUCAUUUCCUUUACUAAAGAACCCUUAAGGAACCAUGUGUGGAUGAUAUCAUACUAUGAAACAAGACGUACACCUGUUAAUGCAGUCACAGCAGGAUAAAUGCUUAACAUCUGCAUAACAUCUGACCCCCACCCAACUGCCCAGGGUCAUUAUCAGUGAGUUCACUGACCGUUUGGGGUAAUGAGCAGAAAAGGUCCGCGGCUGUUGGUGCAAUAUUUCACAUUAAACUACUUCAAACGGCUUUGUUUACACCACAGCCACACGCACGUGCUGUUGUGCGACUCCCGCGUUAAAAACUGAACAAAUCGCGAAUUUCAGCAUCGACGCGAAAUGAGCGUUCAAACCGCUGGUAGCCGGCAGGGGGAGCCAGGGAGCCGCCACAAGUGGUGGAAUUCAAACUUCUUUCUUUCUUUCUUUCUUUCUUUCUUUCCUUCCUGCGGUGCUCGCGGGCCUUUCUCUUCACUUUCUGUUCUCUAGCUCUUAAAAAACCGAGUCCACUGAGGAAGAACGGCCAUGGUCAUGUGUUCCUCUCUGGCCCAGUAAGUCCGAGCAGGUAGGCUGUCCUGCUGGAGCUCCACGCCCUCCUUCCACUGCUUAACGAGGCGCCCGCGCUCCGCUGGGUUCAGGUCAGUGAGGAAAGCUGGAGGUCAAAAGCCAAACCUUCGCUAAUGUGACCGACGGGUAAAGCAGCUGCCGUCAUGUUGCGCGUUGUGGUCGAAUCUGCUUCAGGACUGGCCAAGAAGAAGCUCGGGAAUCCGGACCCCGUCACAUCCGUCGUGUUUAAAGGUGAAACAAAGAAAACUCGCUCCAUCAGCAGUGAAAUCAAUCCUGUGUGGAAGGAGACCCUUGAGUUUGAUCUGAAGGGUUCCCCUCUUGAUUCCUCUUCCUUCAUUGAUGUGAUAGUGAAAGACUUUGAGACUCUUGGAAAAGACAAGUUCAUUGGCUCAGCAAAGGUCUAUUUGAAAGACCUAGCAAGCGGACAAGUGAAAUCACUCCCUUCCAAAAAUGUGCCAUUGGUCAGUGAAAGUGGCCAGAAUAUUGGAGCCACUAUUGAUCUGAUUAUUGGAUAUGAACCACCAGCCAAUGCUGUUCCAAAUCCUAAUGAUCAGCAGGAUGGAAGCGGAGCAGAAAAUGCAGGUGGUGUUGAAGGAGGAGAUGCUAUCGAUAUGGGAGGUGCACCACCAUCUGCUCAGCAGAACCAGAGAUUCCACUGGAGAACAAGAAAACAGCAACGGCCUUUAUCCAAUAAACCUCAGGAUUUCCAGAUCCGAGUCCGGAUCAUCGAGGGUCGCCAGUUGCCAGGAAACAACAUUAAGCCUGUUGUCAAAGUAAAUGUGUGUGGAGAAACCCAUAGAACUCGCAUCAAAAGAGGAAAUAACCCAUUCUUUGAUGAGAUAUUCUUUUACAAUGUCCAUAUGCUGUCCUCAGAGCUCUUUGAUCAACAUGUCAGCAUACGGGUAUAUAACUCAUCAUCUCUAAGGGCAGACAGCCUCAUGGGAGAGUUUAAGAUUGAUAUUGGAUACAUCUAUGAUGAACCAGCUCACUGCAUCAUGAGGAAAUGGCUGCUCUUAAAUGACCCUGAUGACUCCAGCUCUGGAGCGAAGGGCUACUUGAAAGUCAGCAUGUUCGUUGUGGGCACAGGGGACGAUCCUCCGGUGGAGAAAAGGGAUCGAGACAUGGAUAGCGAUGAUGUGGAGAGCAACCUUCUGCUGCCGGCUGGAGUCACUCUGAGAUGGGUCACCCUGCAGCUGAAAGUGUUCCGGGCUGAGGACAUCCCUCAGAUGGAUGACUCCAUCACCCAGUCUCUGAAAGCAGCAUUCGGUGGGGGAAGCAAUACAAAGAAUCUGGUGGAUCCUUUUGUUGAAGUUUGGUUUGCUGGUAAAAAGCUGAGCACAAAAAUAAUUGAGAAGAAUGCAAACCCUGAAUGGAAUCAAUUGCUUAAUCUGCAAGUUAAGUUUCCAUCCAUGUGUGAACGGAUCAAACUGACAGUGUUUGAUUGGGAUCGUCUGACAAGGAAUGAUGCCAUCAGCACCAUGUACUUGGAUCUGGACAAAAUAGCGUCCUCUGGUGAUGAAGUUGAAGAGGAAUAUCCAGGAAAUGGGAAUGGGUUUUCAGGAAUUAAAGGAGAAGCAGGAGACUCGGAAGUUGGCUUUCUGCCUGUGUUUGGGCCUAGCUACAUUAAUCUCUAUGGCAGCCCAAGGGAGUUCUCUGGCUUACCUGACCCUUAUGAAGACCUUAACUAUGGAAAGGGAGAAGGAGCAGCCUACAGAGGGAGAGUUCUCAUCGAGCUGUCUACAAAACUCGAGGGCAAGGCAGACACGGAUGUGGAUGUGAUAUCAAAUGAUGACAUCUUGGUUGCUCAGAAAUACCAGCGCAAGAGGAAGUACUGUUUGAGUGCUGUGUUCCACAGCGCCACCAUGAUAAAGGAGCCCGGUGAGCCCAUUCAGUUUGAAGUUAGUAUCGGGAAUUAUGGCAACAAGCUGGACUCCACGUGUAAACCCCUGGCUUCAACCACACAGUACAGCUGUGCUGUGUUUGAUGGUAAUCACUACUACUACUUGCCCUGGGCUGACACCAAGCCUGUUGUGGCCAUUACGUCAUAUUGGGAGGAUAUCAGUCAUCGCCUAUACUCCGUUAACAUCAUUAUCUACAUUGCAAACCGGUUGCAAGCCAACAUCACUGAGUUGAAGACGGCAGUGCAGGCGAAAGCACCAGACACAACAGUGAUAGAAAUUUGGCACAAGCUUAUUAGCCAGCUGAUAGACGACAUCAACAGUUAUAGAUUGCCAGAGCUAGAGACCGAGCCAAAUCUUACAGCGCUGGACAUCCAGAUCAAGAAGCUGCGGGACAAAGCACUGAAGAGCAUUCGGGGUGCAGCUGAGAACUUGCUCCAGGAUGGCGCUGACAUUAAGGAGGGCAUGGACGUCAUCGACAGCUGGCUGGACAAACUCAACCAACUGGCUGAGGAGCCUCAGAACAGCAUGCCUGAUGUCAUUAUCUGGAUGUUAAGAGGAGAGAAGAGGCUGGCCUACUGCCGUGUGCCGGCGCACCAGGUUCUGUACUCACCCUACAGCGAGCAGGCCUGUGGGCAGUACUGUGGAAAAAUUCAGACCAUCUUUCUGCAGUACCCCAUGGACAAACACAAGGGCUCCAAAAUUCCUGCCCAAAUCCGGGUGAAUAUGUGGCUGGGAUUAUCAACACUUGAACAGAAGUUCAAUGCUUUUGCUGAGGGAACAUUCAACGUGUAUGCAGAACUGUAUGAGAACCAGGCAAAAGUGCUGGGGAAGUGGGGCACCACAGGUCUAUUGAAUCAUCCUAAAUUCUCUGACGUGACUGGCGAAGUAAAGCUGAAGCAGGAGUAUUUCAUUCCUCCUGGUGGCUGGCAGUGGGAAGGAGACUGGGUGGUGGAUCCAGAAAAAAGUUUGUUAACAGAGGCUGAUGCGGGACACAGCGAGUUUUUGGACGAGGUGUAUGAGAAUCAGAUUCGUUUUCCUGGAGGAGAGUGGAAGGGCGCCCCAGAGCCUUAUACAGACGUGAAUGGAGAAAAAGCCCGUCAACCAGAAGAGUUUGAGUGCCCUCCGGGAUGGCAGUGGGUGGAUGAGUGGACCUUUGAUGACAAACGUGCCGUGGAUGAGAGAGGUUGGGAGUAUGGUGUUACCAUUCCUCCUGAUGAUAAGCCUAAGUCAUGGGUGGCAGCUGAGAAGAUGUACCAUGUCCACCGUCGCAGGAGAAAGAUCCGAAGGCGCAAAAAGGUGGCUGGUGGCGCCGCAGCCACUGAGAGGAAAGAUGCAGGAGAUCCAGAGGGCUGGGAGUUUUCUUCUCUCAUUAGCUGGAAGUUUCACAGAAAGGAGCGGUCCUCUGACACCAUACGUCGGCGGCGCUGGAGAAGAAAAAUGGCACCUUCUGAUCGCGUCGGUGCUUCAGCCAUCUUUAAACUGGAGGGUGCACUGGGAAUUGAUGCGGAAGCAAAGGGGGAUGACAAAGGAUCAAAAUCAGACGCCACUAAAUUGUUUGGAGCCAGUACACCCAAUGUGUCAUGUACCUUUGACCGAUGUUACAGCUACCACCUACGGGUCUACGUUUACCAGGCCAGAAACUUGAUUGCUUUGGACACAGACAGUUUCUCAGAUCCAUAUGUACAUGUAUCAUAUUUACACAUGAGCAACACCACAGAAAUCGUCAAGUCUACCUUGAACCCAACGUGGGAUCAAACCGUUAUCUUCAACAGUGUGGAAGUCUGUGGCGACCCCCAAACGCUGUCUCGCAACCCACCCCAAAUUGUGCUGGAGGUUUUCGACAGUGACCAAGUGGGUAAAGAUGAGCCGCUUGGUAGGAGUAAAUGUCUGCCCAUAGUAAAACUGAACCCUGCUGCGGACACAACUCCUAAACUGACGUGGUGCCCUGUCAUCCACAUGGGAAAGCCUGCUGGAGACAUACUGGUGUCUGCAGAGCUGAUUUUGAGGACACAGGGCAGUGAGACGGAUCUACCCAUUGUUCCCCCAAAAAGAGGGGACAUGCUGUACAUGGUGCCUCAGGGGGUUCGUCCAGUAGUGCAGCUCACCGCCAUAGAGAUUUUGGCCUGGGGUUUGCGUAACAUGAAGACGUAUCAGUUGGUACCUAUCACCUCCCCCAGCUUGGUUGUGGAGUGUGGAGGAGAGAGAGUUCAGUCUGCCGUCAUCAAGAACAUGAAGAAAAACCCUAAUUUCUCUGGAAACGUCCUUCUUUUGAAAGUGCUCUUACCCAAAGAGGAGAUUUACACACCUCCGAUUGUGCUGAAAGUGAUUGAUCACCGACCUUUUGGGAGAAAGCCUGUGGUAGGACAGUGCACCAUUGACUCACUGGAGGAAUACAGAUGUGACCCCUACGGCUCAGUGGCUGAAGUGGCUAUGGCAUCUAAAGUGGCUUUGAUGGCAACUGCUCAUCAGGAGCUCCGCAUAAACAUGGAGGAAAGAACCCUUCUUGAAACCCAGUUUAUGUAUGGCAUCUCAGCAGCUGUUGGCAAAAUGGCUCCAUCCAUUCCACUCAGUCAAGAGAAGGAGACAGAGACGAUUGAUUGGUGGAGUAAGUUUUAUGCUUCCAUUGGAGAACACGAGAAAUGUGGGCCAUACCUUCAGAAAGGAUACGACACCCUGAAAGUGUUCAAUCGUGAACUUGAAGAUGUGGCUGAAUAUAAGGAGCUGACCGAUUUCUGUAAAACAUUCAAACUGUACCGAGGCCAGAACGAGAAUGGUGAUGAUGACCCCACUGUGGUGGGAGAGUUUAAGGGGGCCUUCAAAGUCUAUCCGCUCUCAGAUGAUCCGGCCGUACCUUCUCCUCCACGGCAGUUCAGAGAGUUACCAGACAGUGGCCCACAGGAGUGUGUGGUCAGGAUUUAUGUGAUCAGAGGAAAUGACCUUCAACCCAAAGACAACAAUGGUUUGUGUGACCCAUACAUCAAGAUUUCCUUGGGAAAGAAGACCAUUGAUGACCGAGACAAUUAUUUACCAAAUACCAUAAACCCAGUGUUUGGAAGGAUGUUUGAGCUGUCAUGCUUUCUCCCUCAAGACAAAGACCUGAAAAUCUCGGUCUAUGAUUUUGACCUGCUCACAUGUGAUGAGAAAGUAGGAGAAACAGUGAUUGACCUGGAGAACCGACUCCUCUCUCGCUUUGGCUCCUACUGUGGUCUUCCUCAGACAUACUGCAUAUCUGGGCCAAACCAGUGGCGGGAUCAGCUGAAACCAUCCCAGAUUCUUCAGCACCACGCACGCCUGAAAGGAGUACCUCCUCCUAGAACUGAAGACAAUGGAAACACUCUAUAUUUCAAUGGCCAAGAACAUCACCUUUCUGAUUUUGAGGUGAACAAAGAGAUUCAUCAGCACCUGGGUCCUGCCAGUGAGCGGAUCGCACUGCAUGUUCUCAGAACACAGGGCUUAGUCCCAGAACAUGUUGAAACUAGAACACUGUACAGCACCUUCCAGCCCACUAUUUCUCAGGGGAGUCUUCAUAUGUGGGUUGAUAUUUUUCCCAAAAGCCUUGGACUUCCUGGACCUCCGUUCGAUAUAUCCCCACGCAAGCCUAAAACAUAUGUUCUGCGUGUCAUUAUUUGGAACACCACUAAUGUCAUUUUGGAUGAAACUAGCAUCACUGGAGAGCGUAUGAGUGACAUCUAUGUGAAGGGAUGGAUGCCAGGCAAGGAGGAAGACAAGCAGAAGACUGAUGUCCACUAUAGAUCCCUUGAUGGUGAUGGAAAUUUCAACUGGAGAUUUGUCUUUGAGUUUGAAUAUCUGCCUGCAGAGCAGCUGUGCCUGGUUUCCAAAAAGGCACACUUCUGGAGUCUGGACAAAACGGAGUUUAGAAUUCCACCGCAGCUGAUCAUUCAGAUAUGGGACAAUGAUAAAUUCUCACUGGAUGAUUAUCUUGGGACCGUUGAACUGGAUCUGCAUAAUCUCAUUUCACCUGCCAAAAUAUCUGAGGCAUGCAACAUGAAAAUGCUGGAAAAUGUGAUGAAAUCGCAGCGGAAAUUCGACCAGUCAAAGUCCUUGUUUGCCCAGAAGUCAGUCAGAGGAUGGUGGCCUUGCUAUACUGAAAAAGAUGGGAAAAAGGAGCUUGCAGGGAAAGUGGAGAUGACACUGGAGAUAGUGAAUGAGAAAGAAGCAGAGGAGAGGCCAGCAGGAAAAGGCAGAGAAGAACCCAACAUGAACCCAAAGCUGAAUCCUCCCAACCGACCUGAAACUUCAUUCUUCUGGUUCACCAAUCCAUGCAAGACCCUGAAGUUCAUUGUGUGGCGAAGAUUCAAGUGGAUCUUCAUUGGCCUGAUCCUGUUAAUCUUAUUGCUGCUGUUUGUUGGAAUUCUUCUCUACUCAUUGCCGAACUACAUUUCAAUGAAAAUUGUGAAGCCCCUUCAGUGAGAUGGACAAGUGUUUCCCUGGGUGCAGUAAUGGAGAAGUGACAUGCCAGAAGAACGUAGAGUUUAUGUCCGCUGAGUGAAAGUAUUUUAAAAGGCAGAACUCAUUUAUUCUUUUCACAUUUAUUGUACAACCCCAUUUUCAAAAAAGUUGCGACACUGUGCGCAAU